AUGCAAAGUCAAGUGACACUGGUAAGGGAUCUGGCCACCAAAGAGCAUUAUGGAAGACACGAGUUGAAACAGCAACCAGAGUUUGUACGAGGAGGGAAUUUGAUGCCUCACCAGUUGGAUGGUUUGAACUGGCUUAUCUUUCAGUGGGAGCGCAGCAAGGGAUGCGUCCUUGCUGAUGAUAUGGGCUUAGGCAAAACAAUUCAGAUAGUGACCUUUCUAAACUUUUUGCUAAAGAAGUAUGAGAUCUAUCCGUUUGUUAUCGUCGUACCUCUAAGCACAACAACCAAUUGGUUACGUGAAUUUGCGAAAUGGGCACCGGAUAUGGUAGUUGCGCCAUACUAUGGCUCAAAUAUCAGUCGAAAGCAUGCAUUGAAGUAUGAGAUCUUCCGUGGAGGUAGCAAGAAGCCACGGUGUCAUGCAAUCAUCAUGACCUACGAGUCCGCUGCCGCCGAUGCUGCUGUGCUACCCAAACUAAACUUUUGGCCGGUGCUUAUUGUUGAUGAAGCCCAGCGUUUGAAGAACAACAGCAGUCAACUUUUUCAAAAGCUGCUAAAGUCGGUUCGAUUCGAUCAAGCAGUUCUGAUGACAGGCACUCCAUUGCAAAAUAAUAUCCGCGAGUUAAUAAACAUCAUGCACUUUGUCGAUCGCAAGGAGUUUGCAGAUAUCAGAGAACUGGAGGGAAAGUACAAAAACCUCUCGCAUAGCACGGUUCAAGAUCUACACGACCGAUUAAAACCAUACUUCUUACGACGCACCAAAGAAGUGGUUCUCAAGACACUGCCACCCAAAUCCGAAAUCAUUGUUCCAGUCUCGAUGAGCUCAUUACAAAGGGAAGUCUACAAGGAUAUCCUUGAGAAGAACCUCAAGUCCUACGCACAUCUCACGAGCAGCAAUCAAGAUGGACCGGGCAAGGCAAAGAAAACAUCACUUGCCAACACGCUCAUGCAAUUGCGCAAGACCCUCGAGCACCCCUAUCUCCUAUCGGAUAUUGAAAUCAAGCAGAAGGAUGCAGCAACAACCCAGCAAGUGCUAAUAGACGCGUGUGCAAAGCUCAAAGUGCUACAUCAGAUGCUCCCAAAACUUAAAAACGGCGGUCAUCGCGUGCUUAUAUUCUCGUCGUUCAAGGGAACACUGGAUAUCCUGGAGGAUUAUCUGACUUUUGAACGGUACAAAUAUGUGCGCAUUGACGGAGACACACCAACCAGUGACCGUGUCAGCUACAUUGAUCAGUAUAACGCACACAAUUCGGACUUGUUUGUAUUUUUGCUGACGACUCGAGCAGGCGGUGUGGGCAUCAACUUGGCGACGGCUGAUACGGUUAUCAUGUGGGACUUUGAUUAUAAUCCACACGCCGAUUUGCAGGCUAUUUGCCGUGCAUACCGCAUUGGACAGACGCGUCCCGUUUUGGUGUUGCGCUUCAUGACACGACUUUCAGCUGAAGAAAAGAUUGCACAGAUCGCUAAGAAAAAGAUGGUGUUGGACCACCUAGUUGUGGACAAAAUGGACGACGACGAUCUCGAUGAGGACGACGUCGCGGGUAUCAUCAAAUUUGGCGCUCAGGCGCUUUUUGAAGAAGACGACUCAAAAAAGAUCACGUAUGACUCGGCUGAUAUUGACAAGUUGCUCGAUCGUUCAAGUAAUGCAUCUACCACCGAAGAGUCUUCCUCACCAGCCGCACCAGAAGCGGGUCCAAGCAGCAGCAGCUCGGAGCAGUCUGGAUCCAAGCCUAUGUCAUUUUCAUUUGCUAAAGUCUGGAAUCUCAACAAUGAUGCUGCGACCGAGGAGUUGACUGACGACGGGGAUAAGGACCAUGCUGAAGAUGAUAAUUUCUGGGUCAAGUUCUUGGAGUUGAAGAAUUCGCAGGCUGAGAUGGAACAGCAAAAGAAAGAAGAGCUUGGUAGAGGUGCUCGGAGACGGACAAAAGUCGUAAGUGUUCACCUUUGGUUUUUUUCUUCUCCCUUUGUGCGUGCCUGUUUUAAUGUCUUGAUUGUUUUAGAACUAUUCCGAUCAACGUGA